GUUCCAGUUUGGAGGCGGGUGGAACCUUCCAGAGUUGGGCGUAGCAGGAAUUGAGGUUAUAAUUUUCUGGCAAACCCACAGAUCUAGGCUACAUGCACCAUUUUCACUGCUAUUAUAAUCAAGUAGUCAUGAAUACUUCCGGUUAAUUGUAGAUACAAAGAUCAAAGGCCUUUUCAGCACCAUCGAGGAAAAUAUACAUAAUCUUGUUUGAUUAAUACCCGAGUCCAAGGAGACAGGAAAAUGGACAGCGGAGUGACAGUAAUAACCAAUCCCACGGUGAACGUGCGCUUAACAAGCACCCUCUCCUCCUUCGAGGUGCAGCGCAGGUUCAACAGAGGGAUCAGUAUAGCAGAACUGAAGGGAAAGUUGGAGAUGAUUAUGGGUGCACCGGCCUCCUGCAUGGACCUGGAGUUAUUCAGCAUAUCUGACAAGUUCCUGCAAAAAAUGAAUGAGAAUGAAGCUCUGCUAGGAUCGUAUCCUGUGGAUGACGACUGCAGAAUACACGUUGUUGAUAGAAGUGGCGGGCAGAUGGGCGAGUUCACUGAUGUUUCCAAAGUGGAGAAAUUUGAGCUCCCAGAUGAUGCUUAUGAUAAGAGAACAGACACAGCCAGGUCAUUUAUGAAGAAGCAACGUGUGGGUCGCUACAAUGAGGAAGAAAUGGCCAAGAAGAAGGCGGAGAAUGCUGCACGGGAAGAGGAGCAGAAGGCUGCUGCCGAUGCCAUUGCUGUUGGCAGCCGCUGCAAAGUGCAGGUCCCCGGUCAGCCCACGAAGCUUGGCACAGUCAUGUAUGUUGGAACAACAGAUUUCAAGCCGGGCUACUGGGUGGGUGUGAAGUACGAUGAACCAGUGGGCAAACACAAUGGAACUGUCGAAGGGAAGCAGUACUUUGAGUGCGAGAGCAAGUAUGGUGCGUUUGUGAAGCCCCUGAGUGUGACUGUGGGGGAUUUCCCUGAGGAGGACUACGGUUUAGACGAGAUGUAGGCGUAGGGUAAUUUCCAAUAAACGAAUUUCAAAAAAGGAGA